AGGAGCGAGCCCAGGCGGCUGCGGGAGCGGCUCUGCUGCCAGCACCCCCCCCCGCCCCGGCUCCCAGCCUGUCCCCAGGCUGUGCCCGGUGGCAGAGAGGAGACGGGAGGACUUGGCUCCGAGCUGCCCGGCCAUGGCCAGCCAAGAGGAGCAUCCAUCAGCGCUCUCAGACAGCCAGGUCUUUGUGCUGACGUGCAUCUACCUGCCGGCCCUGCUGCUCAGCCUCGUGGGCAGUGCGUCAGUCCUCGCUGUCACCUCCCGGCGGAGGCGGUGCUGCCACAUCCAGCUUCGUCCCCUGUUCCUGCUGGCCCUGGCAGAUUUCCUGGCUGCCGCCGUGCUGCUGAGCACAGCCACCAUCCAGCUGCUGCCAGCCCCGCUCUUCAUCCCGGCGUACGCUGCCUGCCCCUACGGACUGAUGCUGGCCACGACCUUCUAUGGAGUCUCAUUCCUGAUGGUUGUGGUCUAUGCGUACGAAGCCUACCGCGCCAUCCACGGCUGGAGAGCGUGGCACGUGGCAGCUCUGCAGGAGAGGACUGGGUGCCUGGAGGGCGCGUGGCAGGGUCUGCCCUACAUCCUGGCCUGGCUGCUGCCGGCGCUGACGCUGCUGGGACAGCUGAUUGCCCGCGGCACCUCCCUGACCGACAUCGCCCCCAAACCCAUCCAGCCCGCCGUGCCGUCCAACCGCUCCAACGAGACCCACAGCCUGUACUGCUCCAGCUGCCUGCUCCUCAUUCGCCGUUCCCAGGAUAUCUGCUACCAGGUGAGUGCUGCUGGACCCGUCCCUUCCCCACCUGCAAGGUGGGCUGGAAGGAUGGUCGGGAAGGCAGCGGGCUCGUGGUGUGGGGGAAAAUGCUGGAGGAGGGAUGGGGACGGAGCUGUCCCCACCCAAGCAGAGGCAGAGGCACAGCUCCCGGCUCCAGCACCGCCCCUGUGCCGGGGGCUUGCAGCGCGCGGGGCUGGCCCACGGCCCCACUGGUUUCCCGUUGCCUCUCAGUACGUAGGUAGGAAGGACGUGGGCCUGGAGGGGAAAAUCAUCUUCUUCCUGUACCUGCUGCUGGUGCUCAGCUGCUGCACGCUCCUGUACCGCAGGGUGAAGCUCUGGUGCCGCAGGAACGCCGCCGCUCCCUUGCUGGCCCUGGAGAAGGACGGCUUCGCAGGCAGGAGCAUCCGCAGCGUCAGCAGAGUCUCGCACUACUUCCAGCUGGUUUUCCUGCUCUGCUGGGCGCCAGCCUUCCUCCUCACCAUCCUCUCCUUCACCAGCGUCAAACCUGCCUCGGUCUUUGUCCUCUAUGUUGCUACCGCCCUGACCACGUCCCUGCAGGGCUUCCUGCACAGCCUGGCCUACGGGUGGCUGAGACGAAAUUUCCGCCGGGAGGCGGUGGGCCAGCGGCCCUCCCUGCAGCACCACAGGGGCCUCCAGGGCUUCUACGAUGAGUCCCUGGGGGCCCUCCCCUAGGCUGCCACCCUCGUCCCGCUGCGCCGAAGCCUCAGCACGAUUUGCACAUCCCCAGCGGCUCCCCGCAGCGGGGCAGGGUCUCGUGGACUCGGCCCUCCGUGCCUGGAGAGGUUCGUGCAGCGAGCCACUGGCAUGGGACUGGGUCCCCUGGGCAGGUUUCCGAGCACAGCGGUGGCUGCAGCGACGCUGCUGUGGUGGGACGUCUGCCCAUAGACCCCACUGCCGGGGGCGGCUGCAGCACGCAGACAUCGAACCCAGGCGCAGUCGUUGCACGAGAGCACGACCGCGGCUUCCUGCACGCUUCAGACAAAAACCCCCAGCACGGCGCUGCGCCGGGGCCACGUCUCCGCAGCCAUUUCCUUCCCCCUGCGCUGCUGCCCCCAUCCCAAGGCAGCACCGAGCGGCUCCUGGCACUCUCACAGCCCCGGUGCAGAGCCAAAUGCUCCGAGCAGUGAGGGCUCAG